AUGAGAUGGAGAGGUGAGCGAGAAGGAGAACACGGUGAACAAGAGGGCAGAGAAGCUUCUGCACCCGUUGGACCGGCCAUGCCGAAGAAAGGGGCGACGAACCAGAAGAACAAGAGGAAACAGCGCAGGAAGGAGAGAUACAAGGGCAACAAACCUGUGGUCACCAAAUCAAGUCAGGAUGAGCCACCACUGGAGGCUUACUGUUUCAUUGAAGACGAGUCUGGGACUGCUCCUGACUAUCCGAUGGCUGUCUAUUCGUUCGUCACGCAUUGGAUUUUACUUCGCUAUCACCUGCAGGUUAUAUGGUGCCAGGUAACCCUACAAAGGUUUAAAUAG